ACGGUAACCAAACUUGCAGGUUACGCGUUGCUAUAUAGUGUCACAGUCGGUGGGUCUGAGACAUUGACAGUACAGCAGUUAGCAUUAGCUGUGGUUCAGUCCCGUUUAACGUUAGUUAUUUUCAGACUUAACUGUAACUCGACUUCCUGUCGUUGUCUGAAGCUCUUCUUCCUCUCCAGCUAGCUUUAACACUGGACGGUUGGUAGGGAGAAGUACCAUCCUCUCUCUCUCUCUCUCUCUGCCAGGAUGUUACUCAGUGUGCUGGUAUGCAGCUUCUUACUGGCAGCUACGGGACAGCAGGUGGACGACGAGUGGAUAGACCCUUACGACAUGCUCAACUACGAUGCAACCACCAAAACGAUGAAGAAGCCUGCAGAGCCGGAAAAGUACUCCAAUGUGCCAACCAAAAGAAGAGAGUACACUCAGGACUCCGACCAGAAGGCGCAGUGUGACAGACAAGUAGUGGAUCUAAAGAACCAGAUUGAGGAACAAAAGAAGAGAAUCACGCUCAUCUCACAGCAGCCGACUUGCACUCCGGUGUUCAAGCGAUUUCUCAGCAGACUCCUGAAGGAAAUACAAAGAGUUGGUUUGCCCAGUGACUCCACGGACGUCCACUACGAUGCCAAAAUCAAACUGUCCAGACAAUCUAUGACAGAGAUUCAGACUCUUCUGGAUGGCGAAGACAGCUGGAGAACAGGAGCUCUGGACAAUGCUAUCAGUCAGAUACUGGUGGAUCUCAAACCACAUGACUAUGAGGCGUGGAGGUGGCGUUUUGAAGACAGCUUUGGCGUGGAGAUUGACACAGUAAUAAAAAUCGGGCUGUUUGUUUUGAUUUUAGUGGCCAUCAUAAGCACUCAGCUGUGGUCAACAGUGUCCUGGUUCGUGCAGUUCAGGAGAAUGAUGGGUGUCUCCUUCUUCGUCAGUAUUAUCUGGAACUGGUUCUAUCUCUACAAGAUUGCCUUUGCUGAACACCAAAGCAAAAUGGCGAAGAUGGAUGGCAUCAAUGAAAAAUGCACUGGAAUGAAGAAAAUUGACUGGAGUGACAGCUUGAAAGAGUGGUUCAGAAGCACCUGGACUCUUCAAGAUGACCCUUGUAAGAAAUACUAUGAACUUCUCAUGGUCAACCCUAUUCUGCUGGUACCUCCUACCAAGGCGAUCUCAGUUACCAUCACAACCUUCAUCACAGAGCCGCUGAAGCACUUUGGCAAGGGGAUCAGUGAGUUUCUACGAGCCCUCCUCCAAGAUCUACCGAUUACCCUGCAGAUCCCAGUUCUCAUCACUAUCGUGUUAUCCAUUGUGGUAUGCAUGUAUGGAGGUGUGCAGGCGGCCUUCCAGCAUGGCAUCACUGCGCCUUUCCGCCGCCGUCGAAGAGAUCCACCUCCUCCCCCGCAGCUGCAGCAACCGCAGCGUCACCUCCAGGGGAUCGAGGACUACGACGACUUAGCAGGAGGGGACGCACCACAACGUGCCCUGAGGCACCGGGCCGACGAUGGCAGAUUGCACAGGAACCAGGUUCAUCGGAGGCGGCCCAACAGGCCCAGGGAAGAGCCCGCCAAGGUGGUUGUGGAGACACUACACACUGCUGAGCCUCCUUACAGUGAGGAUGAGCCGGAUGCUCAGCUGCGGGAGGAAGAGCAGGAUCUCUACACUGAGUCAGAGUCAGACAACCAGCAGGAGACACAGGAGGAGCUAACAGGAGCGACUGCUAGCCUUGUUGCUGCUGACACAGCCCAAUCAAAAACUGAACCGACUGAAUCAGAGAAUAAAUCUAUGGAUGUGAAGGAGAAUAUUUCUAAAGAUGACGGCGCAGCAUCUAAAUCUCAGCCAGCCAGAAGGCGUUCUUCACAGACUGAUGUUCAGCAUGGGACAUGUGCUAAUGGGAUGGAGAAUAUUCACAUACGACAUAAAUUGGACCCUCCAGCCUCAGCAGAAGACAGGACCUCCUCUGCCUCUUCGAUGGAAGUCGAAACUGUCGGAGUUCCUGUUCAGGAGUCAUCUCCAGCAAUAGUGGAGUAGACGGCUUCUACAUCGGCCAAAGCAAACUUUUUUUUUUGUUGGACUAUGAAAGAGGUGGUGCCAAGGAGAGUUAUUAUCCUGACUAUCUGGCUUACAGACAUUGUUUAAAUGUGUGUGUGUUCCCAACUGAACUUUUAUCUUGCUGUUUUGGGGUCAAAUGAAUGUGCCUUUCCUAGAGCAGAGUCACCAAAAAGUAUUAUUUCAUGAUGAUGUCGACUCUGUCAGCUGUAUUUAUUUCCUCAGUUAGAAAGAAACAUUCAAUCAACCCCACGGCAGCCAGACUAAAACACGUGUCAGGGAAGCAAGAAACUGAUGUGUUUAAAAAAGGGUGUUGAUUGAUCUGGUGUUUCAGUGUUUCGUACCCAUCAGCAGGAAUCAUGAUCUUACAAACUAUAUUAGUUUCACUGUAAUGAUAAUGAAAGACUGUUUAAUUAUUACAAUGAUUACAUAAUAACUGAUAUUGAAGUAUACAUUUGGAUUUUGUAAUUUAGAAGGGAUAAAAACGAUUUGUUUAUGCUGUAUUUUCCUUACAAUAAACUGUUUUUGUGGCCAUUAAGGGUUCGUAUAUAGAGGCCUUGAAAUAGUGACGCUGAAGCCGAUUCAACAGCUGUACCACCUCCUUUCAUCUUUUUUUUUUCAGAAGGGGCAAGCUGCUUGCAAGCAUGAUGGGCACAGUGAAAAAAGUUGUAAUUAGUGAAUUUCAUAAAUUCACAACCCAGUUUGUACUUUACAGAAUAAUUGAUUUAAAGUCCUAAAUGAAUUAAUAAAAAAAAACAAUGAUCA